UAUAGUUAAUUAUAUUUAUAGUUUAUAUAUAUAUUUUUUUUUUAUAGUUUAUUUAAUAGUUUUUUGUGUUAUCCUUUUGACAGGAUAUUCAUAAACUAAAAAUCCAAAAUCAUCAAAAAAUUGUUUUUAUUCAAAAUAAGAAUUUUGAUUUUUUAUAUCCAAUGACUUGGAAGGUAUUCGAAUCUCACCGAAUCUGAUGACAUUGAAAACAUGGCGAGAUAUGAGGUCAGCUCGAAAGAAUCUGUUAUUCUUAUAUUAUGUUAGUGAUGUCAUUGCGCUAAUACUCAUGAUGAUGUAUCGUUAUUACAGCUUUUCGAAAUUACAUAAGCACAUAUUAAUUUAUGUACAUAUGUAUCAUAAUAUACAUGUACAAUGUACACACAUAUAUAUAGGCUUGUUGGCCCAGCCGAUCGAUGAGAAAACAGUUUCUAAAAGAUAAAAUAUACCCAUUUCAAAUUCAAAAUGUUUAUUGGACGGUUCUUUUUUAUGUAGGAUAUCGUUAUGGGUACAACUCAAAUCGUUAUUAUUUUAUCGCCUGCUAUUAAAUGCAAGAUGCAGUUGUGUUCAGUUCACGAUUAUUCAUGUAUUUUUGUUGUAAACGUAUUUCUAAGCAUAAGUACAGAAUUUGUAGUACUACAACAUUAUAUUUUAAAUAAAUACCGUACCAUCACUCCCCCCUCUUUUUAUAAGAAAAUUUGUUGGAAAAUCCCACGGUAUGGUUUAUUUAUAUUUUUGAUGGAGAUUUUAUAAAUAAACCUUGUAAAAGUUGAGUUUUUGACAUUAAAAAAAUUUCAAAAACCGAAUUCUUAAAGCGCUCUAUGUAGUACCAUCCCGUAGAGCGCGAUAUUUGUUUCUCGUACACCCGUAUAUUACUAUCUUUAUAUAUUGUAUUAUAUUUCAUUUAUGAAUAUAUAUAUUUUAAGACACCAUUGAUGUACUAUUAUUUAUUAUUAUAAAUUAUAAUAAUAGCUAUUAGAGAUUGGAGGUAUACAUUGAACUACAAAGAUUAGUACAUGAAAUACUGAACAGUCAAUCCCUCAUUUAAUGCAAAACAGGUGUGGUGAAUACAAAUGUUAAUGUAUGAGCGAACAGGAAAUAAAUGAAUUUUGUCCAAAAAAUCCAGGAAGGGCGUAUACCCGCAACGUACACAAUAAAAUAACUAUUAAGAAAAUUAUGGUCUUUUUAAACUCUUAAAUAUUAUCACAUAUUUUACAUAUGGCUUAUUUUAUUCCUUUAAAAUUUAAAUAUCCCCAAAAAUGAAUUAUACUUUAAAAAAAGAAGAAAAAUAUAUUUGCGUUUUAACUCAUAUUUUCAAUUAAAUAAACAUGAUAAGGCUUAUCUUUUGAUAAAACUAAUGUAAAAUGUUAUAUUUAUCUAAAAACUUAAAAUUCGUUAGUUAUUAAAAGUGUAGCUAAUAUAGCCACAGCAAAAUUUUAGAAAACAUGCUAUUUUUAAAAAAAUGGAUUUUUUAUUUAAUUAAGUGGUGAAAUCGCAUUAAUUUUCAUUACACUCAUACUAGGCAGGUCUCGAGUAACUAUUAGUUUAAAAUAUAGAAGGAAAUUCGUUAAAUUCUUCACAUUAGCAAGUGGAUUUUUUUUGUUUGAUAAAAGUUAUAACUUAUAACCCUAUAAAUGCCUAUUAUGCCGAAAUAAUAAAGAAAGUGAGUUUAGCAUAGGUACGAAAGAUACCACUUCAACCCUUUAUCUAACGAAUUUUUAAAAACUGUUUGGCUUUAGAACUGUCAAAAUUGAAAACAUACAUGUAUCCCUACGCUAAAAUUGAGAAGGCUUUAAAAAAAAAAAUCAAGACUUUUCAAUUUAUAGCUAUAGGUUAUGAGUGAUGACAAUCCAAACAUUGUCUUAUUGUUUUCUUUAAAUCGACUUACAUCGAAUGAAUAUAUAACUUGACAGCCGAAACCCUUUCCUCAACCUUAAGCUCGAACUCACUGGCCAGAGUUUAAAUUGUGUUUGUUAAAUUUAUAAAAAACGAAGUACACACUGUAUACUAGUGAUGGGAAUCGGAAAAUCCGGAUUUUCACAAAAAAACGCUAUUUAAGCUACUUAAAAAUCAUAUAAGUGUUAAAUUAUUUUACAAUAUAAAGAUCUAUAUCUAAGUAACAAUUUUUUGAUAAAUAUGUGAAAAUAAAACAAAACACCAAAGAGAUAAACGGUUUUUGAGUUUCGGAUUUGUUGAAAUCCGAAAAUCCAGAAUCCGAAAUCCGAAAGCAUUUUAUAGACAAAGUUAAGAGUUUUUAAAAAAAAAAAUUUAUCAACAAAUUGUACUUAGGUACACAUCUUUAUAUUGUAAUAGUAUUUAACAAUUAUAUGAUUUUCAAAUGACUUAAAAAGCGUUUUUUUGAAAAAUCCGGAUUUCCAUCACUACUGUAUACUAAUGUUUCAUUUAUUUAUGAACUUAUAACUUGCAUACGUCGUUGCAAAUAUUUAAGCAUUUAUUUGUAUACAUUAACAUUUAUUUCCCCAAGGCCCAAGUUAUAAGUUAAAAAAAAUGUAUAACUAAAAAAAAAUCUGCAAUAAGUAUAGAAUAAUUUGUAUGCCAACUGUUCCAAACAACAUUAAUACUACUUCUACUGUAUAUCAACAACAUUCAUUGUUUAAAUUGGUUUAUUUUUUUAUGUAACGAAAAAAAUAUCCAUGAACUUUUUUCCUUAUUUACGGAAUUUAUAAGAAUAAUAAUGACACAAAGUGAUGUAUUAUGAUUGAAUUGGUAAACCUAACCGAAGGCUGAAUUGCAAAUAAAAAAAAAACAGAACAAAUUAGAGAACGGCCCAUGGACUAUAGUUACAACUCGCGAGCACUUAGUAGCACAGCAGAACUGUUCAAGCUCUCAUCGGCGAUUAUUUUUUUUACUUUGCUUAAAUAUUUAUAUUUUAGUUUAUCAACAUGGAUAAAACCACAUUAACCGUAUUAUUUCUCUUUAACACUUUUAUUUUACUUUAUGGUAAGCUUCAAUUCUCGGGAAAUAACUUAAUAAAAAAAAUUAUUUUUACAUUUUUACUUUUAGUGUCAUACAGUUGUGAAUCCAAACUGGUAUAUAAAUGCCCGUCAAACUUUAUACGAUUUGGUAGUGAGUGUUACUACUUGGGUGACACAAAGUUAACAUGGCAAGAGGCUUAUUUUGAAUGCAAAUACUUGACAAAAGGAAGCAAACUGUCUGUACUCGCCAAGCGAUGGAAUGAUUUUAAUAUAAGAAAAUUUUUGAAAUUCAAAGAAAAAAAUGAAGAGAGAUGGAUAGGUGGGAUUUACGACUGGGGCCAAUACGAGUGGAAAUGGGCGAAUUCUGGUCGUAAGAUCAGUCCCAAUCAACUUCAUAUGUCAAUCGAGUUCAAUGAUAUUUCAAACAGCCAUUGGCAAUGCACGACUCUUGAUCCAAACAUAAAAUCCAAAUGGGUUGCACAUAGUUGUUUAGAAAAAAAUUUUUUCAUCUGUGAAUCAAAACUUCAGCCCGAAUGCGCAAAUGACAUACAAUAAACAAUAAACAUUAGUACAAAUUUCAAUGUGAGAUAAUCUAAUAAACAUUAUUAACCUCUAGUAGAAUAUAAAUUCUAUAAAUGUUUGUGUUAUAAUAGGUAAACUAUGAUUUUUGUCUUAAUUGUAAUAUUAACUAACAUUUAAAGUGUAGUUUUACUUUUAUAUAUUAUAAAUUUAGAGUUAAUUUUAACUUACAAAUUUUGUAAUAACUUUUAAUUUAUUGUUUUG